AUAUCAAAUUGGUUAGAUUAUAAUAAUCUCUCUGAAAAUGACAAACGCGGCCAACCGGAACCAAAACACAGUUCGUGCAAAAUGUUCAUUAAAACUAAAUGGAAAUAGUGUAUAUUCUUUUAAUAGUGUCCUUAAUUUGUUACUUAUUAUACUUAAUACAUCCAUACUGGAUAUUGUUUCUGUCCAUUGUAAUGAUCUAUACAAUGUACACACAAUUCAUUGUGAUAAAUUAACAUGUUUUUUUUUUUAAAUCAAAUGUUCAAAAUAACAAUGGCUUUGCAUAGUUGCAGGUAAUUGCAGUAUUGUUUCAGUAAAACAUGAGACAACAUUAAAACUGUUUUUUUUGUAUAUUUUAAAGUAAUUGAGGACGGUUUUUAAAAGAGAGUGAGUGAGUUUAAAAAAUUGGUUUGGUUUUAACUACUAACACAUUUAAUAUUGAAUUAUACUUGCCUACAUCUUUAUCGUUUAGUAAUGGUUCAAUGACUUUAUUUACUCUUUCCGAUACAUACUUGAAGCGUUCAUUACAUUUUAGUUCGUGAAUACAUCGCACGCAGACAGUGCUGUACUAAACACGCGAGCACAUGUACAAAUAAAAAUUGAUUAGAUUAAAUUUCGAACGAAUCACGAACGUGGUGACAUUGAGAAAAUAUGAAGUUUUUUGUAAAUAUUUACGUGAUUUUGGCCGUUUUCUGUAUAGGAGUUGACUUGAAAAGAAAGGUCCAACUUUCGGUUUUUUAUGAAAGCGCUUGCUCUGACAGCAAACACUUUAUAUUGGAGCAAUUACAUCCGACUAUACAUAAACUUGAAGACUAUAUCGACUUGCAGCUCAUACCUUUUGGGAAGGCAUCGAGUAUAAACAAUGGUGGGGACGGAUUCGAAUGUCAACAUGGACCGCCAGAAUGCUUCGGGAACCUAAUUCAAGAUUGCACAUUGAACGAAAUGAAGUCAUAUUCAGACGUUCAUAAAGUGGAAUACCUGGCCUGUGAAAUGGAAACAAUGGCUAGUACUCGUGGAGACAUACAGUGCAUAGUAAAAUCGAAUGUACCACAUGACCCAGUUCGGGAAUGCGUAUACUUGGGUCCCGGAACAUUGCUGCAACUGGAUUCCGAACGCUUAACGAAACUCGUUAACCCAAAGUUCAUACCCACUAUCGUUUUGGACGGGGUCUUCGAUCAGGCAACACAAAACAAGGCUUUUAAUGAUUUAAUGGGCACUAUUUGUGAUAGACUGAGAAACGUCAAGCCCUGUAAAGAAUAUUUUAGGAACAAAUAAUGAUUAUAAAUAGUACAGCGUAAAAUGAAGCGACCUUAAAAACUAAACACUGUUGUUACCUUGGCUGUGUUGUGGUUGUAUUUACAUUUUACAAUAAAAUAUUUUAUAUACUUCACUUGAUAUUCAAGUAAAAA